CCAAACUCACAUGCCAGGACUGGGAGGCUAUUUCGUGAAUGCUCUUCGUGGCUUGAUCUGCGUUAGGCUUGGAAGAUGUGUGCGAAUUUGUAACCUCACCACCAAGCAGCUGCUUAGCACAUUUUGGAAGGGGGGCAAGGGAGAGGGCAUAAUGAGAUCCGAGCAUCAGAUGUUGGUACUUGGUCCUGGAGCUUAUUGGAGAAACACUUAUAACAUCAGUACUCAUCCCCAUCGUCCUUAUUCACAAGGUAUCUUCAUCAACGGUGUGUUGUACUAUGGAGCUUGGAUUUACAAGAACACAUGUGUGGUUAUAAGUUUUGACUUUGCUUAUGUAGAGUUUGAUUUGAUUGAAUUACCUGUUGAGGCUGGCAUUGUGUGGCACAAAUAUUGUGCGACCCUCAUCAACUACGGAGGCAAAUUAGCUGUUUUAGAAUACUCCAAGCUUUCAUCUAAUGCGAGUGUGGACCUGUGGGUUAUGGAGAGUGCAGAGGAUAUGAAGUGGUCAAACAAGAAUCUGGUCUUACCUCUUUCACAAAUGAAUUUUUUACAUGGCGAUAAGUUGGAGAUACAAUGCAUGAGUCGAUGCGGUAAGAUUAGGCUACUAAAGACAGAGAGGAUAUGGACUCGAACAAAACCCUCUGUCAUAUAUGAUUUGGAGAAGAACAAAAUAACAAGAAACCUUGAAGUAAAUAACUUCUUGUAUUUGUAUAGGGAUUUCCAUACGACUUUUUGGGAGGAUGAUAUUGAGAGCAUUAUGUACUUAGAGACCUAG